AUGAAGGUCAUCAUCAUUGGCGCAGGCCCCGCGGGCCUGAUCACAGCCCUGAGAUUGAAGCUGGCCAACAAUGCGCAGCCAGUUAUUUACGAGCUUCGAGCCAAGCCGAGCAACAUUGGAGGUGCCAUUCAACUUCCUCCCAACGGAGUGCGUUUGUUGGAUCGUCUUGGUCUUCUUCCUCGUAUCCAGGCUCGAGCAUUCUCUGGGUCGCAUCUGAUGUUGCAUUCUACGCGAAGCGAGGUUCUGGUUGAUCUCGAUCGCGCAGCUGCCACCCGUAAGGACGUCAAUUUCGAGUACAUGCGGAUCCUCCGAGGCGAUCUGAUGGACGUCUUGAUGGAGGCAGUGCACGAGCAGAAGAUUACCAUUCACUUCUCAAAACAACUAAAGUCGAUCGAGGAGACAGGAAGCGAUGUUGGCGUUACCUUCGCCGAUGGCCACCAUGACAGAGGCGAAUUGCUACUUGGCUGUGAUGGCAUCCAUUCAGCCGUCCGGUCACUGCACAUCGACCCAUCGGUACAUCCAGAAUACACGGGUAUAUCUAACAUGUUUGGACUUCUACCAACCAGUGCACUUGAAGCGGCAAAUUUUCCGAUCGAACCUGCCUUGCAUGCUACGAUGACGACCAACGGUAUGCUUGGACUUUCGCCGUACUCUCGAGAAGGCAAUCAUUUGUAUUGGUUCUUCUCUCAAUCAGUACCUCUCCCAGGUGAUCAUAGCCGUGAAGGCUGGCAGGCGACUGGCGAGCGAGAGGUGAAUCGGUUCAAGGAUCAGCUCUUGGGAUCCCUCGAAGGUGCGACAGGAGCCUGGAUCCAGACCCUCAAGGAUGUUGUUCAAAAGACGGAUUCGAUCAAGUUUUAUCCCGUCUUCAAACUUCCUGCCGAAUCGAAGUGGUUUUCAGACCAUUGCUUACUAAUGGGAGAUGCCGCACACGCCAUGCCGCCUCAUCUGGGACAAGGCACAUCCAUGGCAUUGGAAGACGCAUUCCUACUUUCCCGCCUCUUGGAAGAUAAUUCACGACCUCUUUCGGACGUUUUCUCACUCUAUCAAACAGUCAGACGACCUCGUACGUCGGAGAUCGGCAAAGCAUCUGUAGGCCGUGCAACAGGUCGUCACACUGUGAGCCCUUUCAUGCAAAGGAUUCGGGAGCUUGGAAUCGGUAUCGGAUUUCAGUUGUACAAAGCAGCAAAUCUCCAGUAUUUUGGAGUUGGAACAGAUCGCGAUGUUAUCAUGUAUGACAUUAUGGAGGUUCCGUUAUCGCUGGUGCCGUAG